UGUAGUGCCUCCGCAUCAACUUAUCCAAUGUCCGCUAUCUUUUCCUUUCUCUCUUUGUUUUUCAGAUUCCUUCCCGAGAAACCCCAACAUUAAUAAACUUGAAGACAAAGACUGGUGAACUUUUAACCACUUGUGUACCUACUGUUUUCUUUCCUGAACUCUGUGUUUAAAUGCAUUGCACUGUAACUGUGGCUCUCGUGUUGAAUACACCUUUUCCUACCUUCGCUCCGUGUUCUUCGCUGCAUCCGUGUUCCCUCGUCGAACCCUCUGUUGUGCCCUGUGUGACUGACUUUGUGUGUUCCCCUCUUAUUCCAGCACGUUAAAUUACCGGCCCAUUUGCCUUCGUCGUCCUGCGCAUUACACAUUUUGGUGACAGAGGUGGGAUCAUGCUGCCCAAAUCUAACUCUGAUGAUGUUUUUGAACCCCCUGUAAUAAGGCCAGACGAGAAAUCUUUUGGUGUCCAGCCUCCACCCACUCCUCCAGAACGAUUCACUGUUGGUACCGACCUGGAAACUUGGAAAUGGAGAAUGGACCUUUAUCUGAGUGCUGUCCCUCCGUCUAAACGCGGACCUUACAUUCUUUCUCACUUGGACCCCAGAGUCCAAGAAGUCUUAAUGUCAUCAAGUUUUUCAGUCAGUUCCUCAGUCGAGGACAUUUGGGAAAAGUUGCGUUCUUUGUUCGGCGGCGGGGUUUCUCACCCUGGGGCAAAGCAUCAGUUUUGGUCCAGGUCCCAACUGGUAGGAGAGUCGUUGGACAACUACGUAACUGAUCUACGCUGUUUAGCCGUACGUGCUUUCGGCAACCUGUCGGUCACCGUCCGUGAAUCCUUUGUCCUUGAGCGUUUAGUCCAAGGGGUUAUUGAUGAAGAAACCUGCGAAGCCUACGCCCGGGAACCACCCAAUUCCGUCGAGGAGGCCGUCGCUAUCGGCCACAAAUACGAGGCAGCGGCAUUAGUGAGACAAUCUAGGCGGUCCAAUGAUAACUUGGUGAGUCGUUCACAGAUGACAUCGAACCGAUCAUGUUUGUCACCAGGCCGACCACGAAUGUCAAACACCCGGAAGGAAUGCUAUUACUGCGCUAAAUUUGGAUCAAAAGCUCGAGUGUGUGGUCAUAACGCAAACAUCGCUUCUCCCUCAACUGUCCCCCACACCCAAAGCCGGAACGAUCGACCACGUCUUGGUAAGUCUGAAUUCGUUCCUUGCAUCUAUCCUACGCCAAGUUCAAGGCAACCUUUUGUAAACGUGUUAGUUGGCUCUAACUCAGUGUAUGCUUUAAUUGAUACUGGUGCUACAUGUUCCCUAAUCAAACCAGAACUAUGUGACAGUUCCCUAGAACCUAACAAUUUGCACCAAUUAAAAACCGCAAAUGGCACCAUACUCAAAACACUCGGUAUCACUACAGUUGAACUUCUCAUAGGGGAUUGCAAAGUGACGCAUCCUAUGUUUGUUUCCUCCCAACUACCCUGGGAUGUUGUGCUCGGUGCCGAUUUCUUACAUCACCUAGGGUGUUCAAUUGAUUUGGCCAACGAACGUCUACGAUGGGGUAGAUGUCACCUCCCAAUCGUCUCAGCCCAUACUGAACACGACCAUGUGUGUGCCGCUAACGAAGUGCCCACCUCCGUAAAUUCACAGAUAGAAGCUUUCCUACUACCGUUCCAAGACACCAUUUCUCCCACUGCGCUUAAUAUGUUGCGUAACAUCGUACAGAAAAACUCCUCCGCUUUUGCUUGGGCGGGAACCCCACUUGGACGCACCGAUAUCCUGCGCCACAAAAUCGACACUGGGUCAACGGCCCCGAUCACCCAGAGGGCCCGUCGGGUCCCUGUCCAGUACCGGCAGGAGCUCGAGGGUAUGAUAAAGGAGAUGUUGGAUGCAAAAAUCAUUACCCCGUCGAAAUCGCCAUGGGCCUCACCUAUCGUUCUGGUUAAGAAGAAAACAGGCACGCUACGCCUAUGUGUAGAUUAUCGCAAACUUAAUGAAGUGACUCGCAGGGACUCGUUUCCAUUGCCUCGGAUCGACGACACCUUGGAAAUCCUCGGUGGUGCUCAAUGGUUUUCAACUUUAGAUCUUGCAUCGGGAUAUUGGCAGGUGGAGGUCGAUGUACAAGAUAGAGAGAAAACAGCUUUCAUACUACCAACGGGACUGUAUGAGUUCCAAACCAUGCCGUUCGGAUUGUCAAAUGCGCCCGCCACAUUCCAGCGGUUAAUGCAUAUCGUGUUGCGAUCUUGGAUCCCACACCACUGUUUAGUGUACUUAGAUGAUGUGAUCGUGCAUGGUCGUUCCUUGGAGGAACAUUUGGCGAAUCUCGAUAAGGUUUUACGUAGCCUUUCGGACGCUGGUCUUAAAUUGCGACCACAAAAAUGCCAACUCCUAAAAAAGAAGUAACGUUCCUUGGGCAUGUUAUCACUCCGGAGGGGAUCCAAAGUGAUCCGGAAAAGAUUAGGACGAUAAAAGACUGGCCGACUCCAAGAACCACGGAAGAGGUGCGUCAGUUUCUUGGCCUGGCUUCAUACUACCGACGGUUUGUCCGUAAUUUUGCUGAUAUCGCGGGACCGCUACACCGCCUUACAGAGAAAGGGAGGCCUUUUCGUUGGACCCCGCAGUGCGAACAGGCGUUCGAUGCCCUACGACAAUCGCUCACAACGUCGCCGAUUUUGGCGUUUCCCGAUCUGUCCCCAUCAGCUGGUCCAUUUAUCCUCGACACGGAUGCGAGUGAUACAGGAAUUGGGGCUGUCCUAUCCCAGAAAGGAGCGGAUGGGUUGGAGCACGUGAUAGCGUACGGCAGUAGAUGUUUGAGUAAACCCGAGCGCAAUUAUUGUGCAACGCGCAAGGAGAUGCUGGCUUUGGUAGUAUAUACAAAACACUUUCGACACUUCCUGCUGGGUCGACAUUUCAUCGUCCGCACAGACCAUCAUUCUCUGACGUGGUUGCAAAACUUUCGUGAUCCAGUGGGACAGGUUGCCCGCUGGCAGGAGCAGUUACAAGAGUAUGACUACGAAUGUGUUCACAGACCUGGCAAGCGACACACUAAUGCCGACGCGCUCUCUCGGCGAAGAGGUCAUCACCAAGUGGGCUGUCCCUCGUGUGCACAACAUCAUGUCGACGUGAUUUCAUUGGUUAGUUCGGACUCUACUGAGUGGUCCGAGCUUCAAAAGAACGAUCCGGACCUUAAGUUCAUUUAUGAAAGGUUGAUAACUGAAGGAAUUAAACCAACGAAAGCAGAGAUGACAGGUUUGAGCUGGGAGGCCCAUUGUGUGUGGUCUGUUUGGGCACGCCUCACUAUCCAUGACGAAAUUCUCUACUAUCAGUAUGGGCCAAAUUACCCGAAGCGCAUCGUGGUUCCUCUGCCCAAAGUGGACUCCGUGUUGCAACAGCUUCAUGCCGAGCUAGGGCACGCUGGGCAAAAGAAAACGGAAGAAGCCGUCGAACAGCGGUUCUGGUGGCCUUGCCAACGCAGAGAUAUUGUAAACUUUUGCAAUAAAUGUCACGACUGCCUUCGUGCGAAACCACCCCGGAGACCCAACUGUGCACCUCUACAACCAAUUGUGACGGGGUAUCCAAAUCAAACGGUAGCGGUUGACAUCAUGGGACCCUUACCUAUGACGACUCGAGGAAACCGCUUCAUUUUGGUCCUCGUCGAUCAUUUUACCAAGUGGUGUGAGGCCACCCCUUUAGCACGUACUGAUGCGGUUACUGUUGCGCGGACUGUUUUUGAACAAUGGAUCGCACGUUGGGGGGCCCCAGAGCAGAUACAUUCGGAUCGAGGUUCGAACUUCGAGAGUAUAGUCGUGUCAGAGUUAUGUCAGUUGCUGGGCAUUCGUAAAACACGUACAACUGCAUAUCAUCCACAGGGAAACGGCACAGUGGAACGCGUUAACAGAUCUCUUAAAGCACUGCUUAAGGCUUUCAUCGACGGACACCAUGCGCACGACUGGGAUCUCGCUCUCCCACAUUGCCUGCUAGCUUACCGCUCCACCGUACACGCCUCGACUACCCAAUCUCCCCAUUUCAUGCUUACUGGGAGAGAGAUACGGCUUCCUCUCGACUUAACGUUACCUCGCUUGGCGGUUAACCCGUUGCUAGCCACGGAUUACGUCACGAAAUUGAGAAAUGAGUUACACCGCACACAUCACUUGGCACGAAACUGCUUGGAUAAUGCUCAGAGGCACCAGAAGGGCUAUUACGACCGCAAGGUAGAGGGUACACCCGUGCAACCCGGACAACUGGUUUAUUUACACUCACCCGUACCAUCACCCGGCCAUUCAUCGAAGCUACAUAAGGAAUGGGCUGGACCAUACGUUGUUAAUGAGGUGUAUGACGACUGCACCUGCCGCAUCACGGACAGUGCCUGCGAUUCUCGUCCUUCUAUUGUGGUCCACUUUAAUCGACUGAAACCUGCUACCCUGAGUUACACUGGCCCGGAGCACACUCGCAAUCUUGCAUUAACCGUACCAGAGGCCGUUGAGCACGUGGAGAUAAGGGCUGAGACAACCGAUCCAGUACAACAGUUACCUGCAGGUGUUGAGGACAACACCUAACAAUAGGGGGGAGUAGUGUAGUGCCUCCGCAUCAACUUAUCCAAUGUCCGCUAUCUUUUCCUUUCUCUCUUUGUUUUUCAGAUUCCUUCCCGAGAAACCCCAACAUUAAUAAACUUGAAGACAAAGACUGGUGAACUUUUAACCACUUGUGUACCUACUGUUUUCUUUCCUGAACUCUGUGUUUAAAUGCAUUGCACUGUAACUGUGGCUCUCGUGUUGAAUACACCUUUUCCUACCUUCGCUCCGUGUUCUUCGCUGCAUCCGUGUUCCCUCGUCGAACCCUCUGUUGUGCCCUGUGUGACUGACUUUGUGUGUUCCCCUCUUAUUCCAGCACGUUAAAUUACCGGCCCAUUUGCCUUCGUCGUCCUGCGCAUUACAUUUUCAU